AUGCCGCAUUUAUUACUUAUGUUCUACUGUAGACAAGUCUCAAAACCAGACCCUAGAAUAAGUAGAUUUUUAUUUAACACUACUGGACCUUUUAAUGUUGUUAGUAUGGAAUGUAACAUG